GCCGAGAAAGCGCAGACAAUGCCAAAGACAGGGACCAUAACUGGACACAUGCAAAGGCCCCGGGGUGACAGGAAAUGUAGGGGUUAUGGACACCGAGGCUGUCUCUGAGGCUGGGCCCUGGGAGGUGGGGACGGCGACAUAGCCAAGAACCAGGGCACAGAGAUCCUCGCACAGGGAGACACAGGGAAUAGCGGGUCGUGGGGGGAGGGACCAGCACGUGCCAAGCCCCAGGGUGGGACAAACCCUGGUGCAUGGAUCAGAGAAACAGGCAGCAGCCAGGCCAGCAGAUGUGGUCAUUGGACUUGGUCCCACGUCUCCAGGCCGUCCAGGGGAGCCCUACCCGGGCCACCAUUAGAUCUGCCAUUGCAUACGACCCCUCCCAGGCUCGCGCCAUGGAGACAAGGCCAGGCACGCGCAAUUCCCCGGCUCACCGGCCUCUCCCUCCCCACCUUCCCGCAGGCUUCCUUCCUUCCGCGGCCAGACGAGGCCCCCACGCGCCCAGGGCCCCAUGCCCGAGUCCUGGGCCAACGGGAGCCUGGCCGGCGACUUCGUGCUGCUGGGCUUCGCGCACGUGCCCGCGCUGCGGCCGCUGCUCGCGCCCCUCUUCCUGGCCAUGUUCCUGCUCACGCUGCUGGGCAACGCGCUCAUCGCGGCGCUCACCGGCCUGGACCCCGGGCUGCGGGCGCCCAUGUACUUCUUCCUGCGCCAGCUGGCGCUGCUGGAGAUCUGCUUCUCGCUGGACGUGGCGCCCCGCCUGCUGCUGACGCUGCUGCGGCCUGGGCGCGGCGUGGCCCCCGCGGCCUGCGCCCUGCAGCUGCUGCUGGUGCUGUCGUGCGUCACGUCCGAGUGCUUCCUCCUGACCGCCAUGGCCUGGGACCGCUACGUGGCCAUCUGCAGGCCCCUGCGCUAUGGCGCCAUCAUGAGCCCGCGGCUGUGCCACCUGCUGGCCGCCGCCUGCUGGCUGGCGGGGGUCCCCGUGGCGCUGGUCUUCACCGUCUGGCUCUUCAGCUUCCCGUUCUGUGGGCCGAGGGGCAUCCGCCACUUCUUCUGUGACAUCGCCCCCCUGCUGAGCCUAGUGUGCGCAGACACCAGGGUCUUCGAGGCCAAUGUGUUGGCAGCCACAGUUUUGGUCAUCAUGGUGCCCUUCUGUCUGAUAGCCACGUCCUACGUCCUGAUUCUGGCUACCGUCCUACAGAUGCCCUCGGCCACUGGGCGCCACAAGGCCCUGUCCACCUGUGCCUCCCACCUCAUCGUGGUGGUUCUGUUUUACGGCACCACAGGGGUCAUCCACUUGCGUCCCAAGGCCAGCUACUCCCCAGAGAGCAAGCAGGUGGUGUCGUUGUCCUACACCCUGGUGACGCCCAUGCUCAACCCCCUCAUCUACAGCCUGCGGAACAAGGAGGUAAAGGCAGCACUAGGGCGUGUGUGUUGUGGGCGCCAGUGGUUUGGAUCCCGUAAAUGAGUCCUUUGGAUGACUCCUCAGAGUCAGGAGUUGUUGAUGUCCCGGGACCCACGUGCAAGUACCUGGUGCAGCUAGCUCUCUGUCUUCUAGGGAACCAUAACUGUUCUUCUUGCAACCUCCAAAGUCAUGGUGGUGCUGAUUCUACCUUUAAUCAGGAAAAGAGCAUGACCAAGGAGUUGGUCUUCAAUCAUAAUUAUUUAGUAGGAGUGGACAAAUGAAUGAAC